AUGCAUGCCUUUGGGGAUACCGAUCCCACGAGAGUUGAUGAAUCGCGUAUUUGCAGUGCACGACGUAGCCCGGAGCAUCCUGCCAUCAUCGAGCAUCGUAAAGUUACUUUGGAGCAGGCCGAGGAACUUCUCUCAUCAUUUCGUCGCAUGGCACCUCAUUUUCCGUUCGUUCAGGUCCCCGGAGAUGCCACGGUUCCAUCACUCUCACGAACGUCUCCGUUUUUGCUUUUAGCGAUCCUCACCACGGCUUCAAUCAGAGACCCUCCGUUGUAUCAUCAAAUGGAUUUUGAGUUCAAGAGGAUCCUGAGCACUAAAGUCAUCGUAGAAGGGCGCAAGAGCCUUGACUCUGUACAAGGCAUCUUGGUCUACGUUGCAUGGUAUCCGCUCCAUGCGAAUCCAAAGAAUAACCAGGCGUUCAUGUAUAUCAACCUAGCAACCAGUCUUACCAGUGACCUUGGACUUGACCUAGAGCUCCCAAACCUGAAUAGCUUCGGCAAUAUCAGUACCCAAGGUCUCAUCGAGGGAGCCUCCUUCACAGAUGCUGCCAAGAGAGCAUAUCUUGGGUGCUAUUACCUAUCAAGCGCGCUAUCAUUAGGAUUUCAAAAACCUCCCGGAUUACGCUAUCGCAAUUUGAUGGACGGUCAUGGCCAAUCUCUGUUGCAGGACGAAAGUUCAGCAGAGAUCUCCUCACUUAUCAAGCUACAGCGCCUAGCUGAGCGAAUUGCCGAGGUUCAUCGAUCGUCUGAACCUAAGGGGGAUCUUCAAAUGGAAGCUCUGAACGCCGAAGUCAACAUUCAGAUGUUCCAACACGAGGUCCAGGAGUGGCGAAAGUCCAUAGCUACGUCAGUUAGAAAUCUGCCUUUUAUUGGAAUGGCGGAACGCUAUUUGGGUUGUGCCAUUUACAGUCAUGAACUUGGAUUUCUCCGCCGUCCUUACCGAGAUCAUCUCCGUUCGAUGACAAGUAACCCACCAGUAAAUCCCGCACAUCUUGAGAGUUGUCUUCAAGCCGCUAAAACAUUCUGCGAAUAUCUGCUUUCUCUCCCCGAAACCAGUUACCUUGACUUCACUGCCAUUCAAUGGAGCAUGGUGGUCCACGCUAUCCUCGUUCUUUCUCGACUCACGUUUGUGAUGGCUGCAAACCUGGGAUGGGACUCUGAUACAACGCGAUCAAACGUCCCAUUAGUUAUGUAUCUCGAUGCUCUCUGUUACAGGUUCCAACAUCUUUCAUUGACACCAUCCGAUACAGCCGAAACACCACAGAAUCCAGAUGUGCUCUACGUGUUCGGGAUGAUACUAAGGAGUUGCAAGAAAUCCUACGAACGACGAGUCGCAAAGAUCGCACCAGGCUUCUUAAUCGUCGAUGAUGCGAACGUAAUCGAUAUGGCGGCUCGAGGACACUGUCCGAUGCUUGAUCCGGCACUGAACCCCUUGUUUGAUAUUUCUGACUCGACAUAUGGAGGGUCAUAUGAGUUGAGUGAGAGCGCAACUCCGAGCACUUCUUCGACAGCAGCUUUUCUGCCUCAAUACCACGACGUCUGGGCAGUUAUGACUGGUAGCUGGGCUGAGGAGUUUUGA